GGAGAUAAGUUGCCUCUCUGGACGGUGCGAGCAAUUUUUACAUCUGAGCAUGCGUCGGCGAUACUACGGUUUCUUCCUUGCUGUAGGAAUUCUUGUAUCAAAAGGAAAUGUAGCGCCACCUGAAUGUGCUGCAGGAGAGAGAAACGAGAAGAAAGCUUGGAUAUGUUAUGAAAUUAGCGGGAAUGCAACUUGCCGUAGAAGAAGUUACUUCUACAACAGAGCCACUGACCAAUGUGAAUCAUUUGAUUAUAAAGGAUGCGGAGGAAACAGAAAUAACUUCUAUUCUAUUGAGAAAUGCACAGCUGACUACCGCACAACUAUAAGUGAAUGGGAUAAAAAAUUGUUGAAGUACAUGAAAACACGCGUCAACUGCUCAACUACACCUAAUCCCAAACGGACGAACGGCACCGUGAGGCGGUAUUAUUACAACCAGACUUCUGAAAGAUGCCGAGCGGCGAGAGUUGCGCAAGGCGAUAUUUAUUUUCCUGCAAUUCGUUACUGCGUGCAGGAGUGCCAGUCAAAGAACAACAACCUCCCUCGCUGUGCCUUGGAGAAGCAACUCGGUACUAAUCCAACAAACUGGACGUGUGAAAGAGACCCGAAAUACGGAGACCUUGUUUGCUACCGGCCCGAGAAAGGCUCAUCGUGAAGAAAACCAUGAAAUUUUCAGUCUUAUAAGUUUAGUAAACGUUUUUGAUUCUGCA